UUAACAUGGGUAGUUUGAUUAUUUAUGCCCGUUUCUUGGUCUGAAAAUGAAAAGUAUCGUUUGCCAAUUCGUAUUCAAUAAAUGGGAAUUUUCGUUCAACUAGGAAAAUCCAAAGUGUAGUCGUACCUGCACCUAGUUAUUCUUAAAUUAACACACCAGUGAAUUAUCUUUUCGAUUUUCGGCCGUCUGGGUUUGUUUUGUAGUCCGUGUCCUCCAUUAUUGCUUAACGUCUCUUGGUGUUUCUACGUACAUACUUUCUUUGUCUCAGACUUCUCUGAAAAAGGAUGAGAUUGAAGUGCCCAAUUCUGCGUCCUCGGAGUGUGCGAUCGCUGGUAAGCCAUUUGACUGGAUAUUUUUAGUCUCUCCUAGACUCCACGGAUGAACACUCCCUACGAUUAGUACUCUUAAGCGCAACUUUUAGUGAAAAUUUAUGCCGCGAUCUAAAAGUAGCCCCCUGUUUUGUUUCAAACCGUAGUGGAAGGGGGAUAGUUUACAUGGGGAUGUUUUGAUAAACUCAAAAUCACACGACUACAGAUCUCAGCCACUUUUUCUCCGGCCCGUCAACUUCCUCCCGAUUUGGCUUCUGUCAUGUAUAUGUCAUUUAUGUUGCGGCGUCCUCUCGAAGGGACACUACUGACCCUAAGGGACUGCCAAAGUGGUCGCUACCUGUUUUUUCGAAUCCGUUCCGAGAAACGAGCGGCAAAAGUGAUCUUUGUGAAUUACCAGCACAGCUCACUCUUUACACUGCUUCAGAGUGUUGGAUUCCUCCGCUCAUGCCACAGCCUGCAUAUUUCUGCAUCAUCAGCUGUUGACCUUUAUGCAGCGACCUGGUUGCUAAUGACGAUUUUCUGACUGCCCUUCUUUAUUUUGACCUUGAUUCUUCUAACCUGUCCUUCGGUUUACCUAGGCUACUUACCGAAGUUUUCAGAUGAAGCUGUCUGCAAUUUCAUUCCCGAUUUCCCAUUCCGGCCUUUCACACUCCUAUCCUCGGUUAAUGGAGGCAUAUGUGUCCUGCUGCUUCAAACAGCCAACUGCACGAAGCUUUAGAUGUCAGUCGUGUUAGAAAAAGUGGCAAAGUUCAAAGACCCUCCUCGGGGUUCUUGGACUAAUGACCUGAUGUUACGGCACACCGAACAACUUAUCAAAGUAAAAGUAAUCUAAAUAGUGCACAAACCGUGACCAUUUGACGCCAUCAAGCCAAAAAUGUGGUUAUGUAGGCUCACCUGAAAUAAACAAACCCCAGCCACCUGUAAUAGGGAACCGGUGGUUAUAGGGGUUUUUACAGGUGGGGCCGGGGAACGCACAGGCGACGAGGUCUAGUAGUGUUAUGCAAAAGAAACGUUAUUGGGAAUGCGCGGUUGUACUUUGAGUGGUUGAGAAAUAGUUGCCUAUUUCUGUAGCUGACUGAAUACACUCUUUAUCUUUAACGACACGCUAAUAGCUGUAGCUUGAGGGUUGCCAACUGACAGCAUAAUUUAGUCCUACUCAGAACAGAUAGUCAAGCGAUAACGAGUCCUCCUUUGGGUCGCUUUUGUAACACUCUCAGUUGUGUGAGAUCUGCGACUCCCCAGUAAGAAUCCGUUUGUGCAAACUUAGGGCCCAUCGCGCGCUCAGUACCCGUAAGUAGGGCUUCAAAUCUGGCGAUAAACACUCCCGCUCCUUUCCUCAACCGCCUUGAUUCCGUUUUAUCAUUGAAACAGGAUGUGCUUUGAAAGAGACAGUGAGGUAGACGCGGCGAAAAUCUCUGCUGGAAAUAGACCGACGCAUGUGUCAUCACUGCGCUGCCUAGGGGACAGUGCUGGUUCUCAUCGCCUCCGACGAACGGGCUCAUCUGUUCGCUGCAGACUUAUCCUAAAUGGGCGAUUUCGUCCUGCAUAUGGUGCACGCAGUGUCAUAGUGGCGUUUUGCUGGAGACUCGCGCAAUCACACUGGUCAACCUCACGCAAAAAUAAGUACAUUUCCGGUACAUUCUACCCUUUUGACUGUUUUUCGGUGUUGUUAUGUAGCCAAUUUUUUGAAGAGACCGACCAGUCUUUGUUGUCUGUAACAAUUCCGCGGGAUAUAAGUCAACCCUGAAAAAAAGGUAUACGUAGUUUAGAACUUUUUCUAAACUAUGACCACAUUCUCUUUUCAAAAAAUAGCUGUAAGAAAAAAUGACUUCCCACAAAAUUAGCAAAAGGUGCUUAUUUUCUUAAAUGAUUUUUGUGAAAGUAGCCGACAUUAUGAUAAACUUGACGGGAUAGUUCGCCAGUCUGGAUACACCGUAAAACAUACUCUUCCCGUUGCGUCCUUCAGCUCCACAGACUGCCUCACAGUGACCAGUCAUGGUACAGGAGGGAAUACCAAUAAAGACCAACGGAGACUGGGAUGACCAUUUUAACAUUAUUAGUCGGUGCCAGCCGAUUAAUGCCCGAUGAACAAUCAAUUCGGCUGAGUCCCAGGUUAUCCAAAGCAGGGAUUAGGGUAUUGCUGACCGAUGACGAUCGUCCCGAUCUGCGCUGGUAGUUUAUUUGUGGUUUAGGGAUUUUAUGGUAACUGAUAAGUUGUGGAAAAUGUCCGCUGGAAAGCCGGCAUGGGGAUUAGUGGGAAACCAUUCCCGUACCUAUCAACACUGCGACCUCCGUUGGGCGUUGCUUUCUAAAUGACUGCAUAUUUAGGAACUUCUGGCAGUGCUUUAUGACGACCAAAGUGUACAUGUGCUGUCAGGAGUUGUUACUUAAAGGCAAAUUCACUUAAAACUCCAUCUCGUUGACCGCCCAACCUGCGUCUCUUUGUAUCUAACUUGUGCCCAGUAAUGAUCCAAUUUCGGCACAAAACCUCCGCUCCUCCGAUCCACUGCUAGGAUUAGUUAUAUGGUGCCCCUUACCAUGGGGAGCUAUCCUGACCAUAAAACCUGUUUUGCCUUCUAAACUUGUUAGACUUCUAUACGAAACUGAAUGUCAUUUGAUAUCAGCAAUUCGGUUUCCAGAAAUUUAAUUAACCAUACAGACGUGUAUAAAGUACCUUGUCUGGACUUCCUACUUUUGUUAGUUUUUUAACAGCUCUGUGGUCGGCAUUAAUAAAUAGUUUGAUCGGGUACACUCUUCCGUGCGGUGGGCUUUUCGUGCCAGACUGUUCGCAGCCACUGUUAGGUUUUCUUUUCAAACUGUCAUUCUGUACUCUCUCCUGAUAGACGACGCUCCUCCCUCAUCGUCCUCCCCAACUGCGUCUAGCGACUGGAUCAUUCUGGAUACUCCGCCAUCCUUAAGACCGGUCGCCGCAUCCUCCAGUUCCAAGCGCCUAACUGGCCGUCCCGCACUUGGCACCCUCGUUGUGCCUGGCAUUGACACUGUUCCAGGCACUUUACCCGCACCAGUUAAGCUAACUCCCCGGCAGCAUAAGGCCCCGCGCCGAUCCAGCUUCCUUCUCCGUCGACAUGAAUUGGCCAGGGAAAAGCGCCUGGCUGAGGCUUUGCGCACAGGACGGCUGGUGGCUCCCGAGUCACGCAACGGCAAUUACGAUGGACUGAACUACGCUCCAAUUGAGCAGAAUGCCUCCUCUACAGGCGCCAUCCAGAUAGCAGCCAGUCAGCGCGCUCGCAAAAUGGCUCUAGCUGCGGCAAUGACUGCAUCCAGCCGAGGUCCCGCUAAGCGGUAUUGUGUAAAUCAGGCCACAUCUUCACAAACGAUCAAUGAUACCGUGGUUGAUGGCGAGGCUACUAGUCAGAUGGAACGCAGUUUCGUUUUUGAGGAUGAUUGUCCACCUACUUCACGAAGGACGUCGCUACCCUUGUUGUUACCCACAGCGAAGCUCGACACCCAGGAACUUGAUGCGCUGAACGGUCUCCUAAACGAAGAUCCAACCCGUAGGGUCUUGAAAUCCCCCAGGGCACAUCCCCACUCGCAUAAAUCGUCCUUGCGGCCCGUCACUCUCCUCUCGACCCCAGCAGAUUCCCAAAAAUUGUCGUUGGAUAAGGAGAAUAUCGAUUUAUUGGGUGAACUUGACCACUCUCCUGCGGUGUGCACACAGUCAAAGCACACGCAGAAGGACUCACCUAGGUCCCCGAACCCCCCUUCGCCCCAAACAUCGCUCACCCGGGACGGUAAGCAUAAAAAUGAAGCUGAAAACACAUCACCUUCACGACCUCAAGAAGGGUCGUACACAUCUGACAACUCCUUGGUCGGUGCCGCACUCAGUGACUGGUCGUACACUUCAAGCGAUGGGUACGCAGUUUUUUUCCUUCUAUAAUUUUCAGCUUCAGGCUUCUGGACACGCUGGGUUUUACAUUUGGAGCCUUAAAUCAACUUAUCCUAUUCGUCCACCCCUCCUCUCCCCGCAGUCAUCUGGUUACUGCAUUUCUGCUCACUAAUAUAAAGAGGUUCUUGGCGUCUAGAAAACGAGUCCGGGCUAAUGCGUUCAUUCGUCAGUUUUCGUGAGGCAACCUUACCCCCACCCGAAUGAACGAUUCGAACUCUUGAUUGGUGGUGGUAGCCUAACGCUCGUAAUCCCACUCGUUUUGGGCUUCCAAGUUUAAAGUAGGGAUAUGCUAAGGUCGCAUAGGGCCUGAAUUCACAUAUUCAAUUCCCUGUAGGCCUUACUGCUCCACAUACGCUACGAGUCCCCUGUUGUCUAAAUCAAACUGUUUACUUAACAUAUAAGAAGAAAAGAUGUCAGUAGAAUACCGCGCGGGGAACCUUUCGCCUUUAACUUUCCCUUUUAUGUCCAACAGAGCUUAUUUUAAGGAUUUUGACAGGGACGAACUUUUACGUAUUUCGAUUACGCAUAUGCCCUGACAACGAGUUGGUGGCGUUUCGAGUUUGAACGUAGGACGUCAAUUUCAUGGACUCUCACCUUUAUAGAGACUUCAUUAAUGGUUUCAGACCUUUUUUUCUAAGAAUGCUAUUUGUCUCUUGGAAUGUCUCGCCAACGAAUAAGUGUAUGGCGCCAAACUGAAACGAAUCAUCAAACUCUCCAGGCCUCUGUCGAAGAUCAUGACGGCACACCGAAAACUGCUGUUCAUCUACUCGAGCAAACUAAAUUAUGGUUGCAUGUUCCAUGCAUUUUGUGUAAAGCUCCUGUUCACCACUUAGGCUAUAAAGUGCUCGUAGGUUGUGAUUCCUGGCGAUUCGCCUUGCUGUCCUAUGAAGUGGAAGGAGCGGUCUUCUGUCUUACUGACCAGCCUUUCCUGAUGAUUCUUGUCUGCCUUUUGCCAGAGAAUUUCCAUCAAAGUGGUCUGCGGGUGCUUUCGUGCCUUUGCCGUUUUCCCUGCCUCUCGAUUCUGUCCUCUCUGAACGCGUCUAUUAGGGUUACUGUAUUGAUUUUCUGCUACCUACCCGCCUCCACCGACGUCUCCCUCAAAGUGCCUCGUUGAGAUAAGUAACCUGCAGACGUUUCGGCGGUGUCUGAACGAUUUUCGUCCCAGAAUUUUGUCACCUGUUUGCCUGCUGGCGUUUUCGGUCCUUUCAAAGUGGAGUUUACACCUUUAGUUCGGUGUCGGUGGGCGGUCACUGAUGCGUGCGUUGUAAGACCGUGACCUCUAAGUGAAUCGGGAAAGAAACUGAAAUAUUUACUUAUUUGCGCUAUCACCUUUCAACCCUUUUUCCACUUUUCUUAAAAAUAAACUGUUCCAGAGUUAUUACUUGACACUAGCUGUACAUCCCGUGAGGAGAACCAUGCUAGGUCUGCCGAGUAUAUCACAAAAGUUGUCUCGAUUAUCGACGCUGCCUCUCGCUAAUCUCUUUCGUCUAUGCACUGCAGAACUAUUCCACUAUUGCUCGAGUUCCAAAAAUUGGGACAUAGCCUAGUUUGCCUAACUUUCUGGUCCUUCCCGCCGACUGUCGAAAUUUUCCGGAUCAUAUGCCUACGGGAGUCGUGCUCCUAAGUUAAAAAGGACAUGAUGAAAUCAGUUAACCUGUUUCAGAGUGUUGUAGCUCCAUCCAUGUCUUUUGGUUGUAGACACCUAAUUGACUCCUCAUGCGUUUUAAAGCGACGAUAAUUCUACCUUUGUACGAUAGUUCAACCGUCUGCAGUGAUGACGUCCGCCACUGCCCCACGAGGUGGACCCAGCAGCGGUGACUUGCAAGUGAAUUUGUUUAUAGUAAAGCAGGUUUGUGCCUAAUUAACGUCGAGCUCUCCUCCCUCGCCCACCUCCCUUUGAUGACAACACAACUUUAAGAUGAUCGGCUGUGGGUGCGGGGGUGCGGGCUCAGUGGCUGACAAGGCUAAACUGCCCUUCUAGGCGAGCCGAACGCGACCUUCUCCCUAUCACCCGUGUGCCAGUCCGCAUUUGAGGGGAAGGGGAGGUGAACUUCGCGUAGGUGAGAGGUGCGAUAAAGGCUAAAUUAAGAAACGGCCAUCACAGCCUGACCCUCAGAUCCUGUGAAGGCCCGAGUUACCACGUCACUUUGCAACCCCCCAAGCCAACACUGAUAGCACGUCAAGGUAGAUUAAGGGGCGUCAGAUUUAUUAUAUUGGGGAAUGCACUAGUUUUCCGUGACGAUGAAUUCUCCGGUGUUGGCCUCUUCCAUCUCCAUCAUCUGUCAGAUAACCGACGAUGAGGUUGGACUCGGUGGCCUGAGAACCUGCGUCUAAGGCGUGCACUCGCACACGACAGACACUUGCCAUAGUUCCCAGGCCACUGAGGGUUACUUGAUUAGCAGCCUGACGCCUUUAUUGCGAGUUUCUCCGAUCCUACUACUUCUCUUUUCUAUUCCCACACUUUUUGUUAUGGCAUAUUCCUCAUAUUAGUGUCCGUUCUCAUAUGGCCCUUGUAAAACUUUUACAGAUGGCUCAAAAUCACGCCCUCACUAAAUUUUAGACUUGGGGUCGCAACGGAGACGUUUCUACCCUCUGACCUCCCUACUGACAAUCGCAAUUGGUUUCGAUGUCAAGUUCGCGCCGUUGUUCCAACAAAGUAGGCCCCCUAUAUUACGUGAAGCACUUUUUUCAUUUGCAUAUACUGUUUCUGCAGUUUUUUUUAAAAAUGCACGCUAGUCCUGUUUGAAAGGUGUGUCUGUCUGUCGCUAUCCUCUCUUCUAUCAGUACUAACAUCACUGGUUUCCCGUUCCCAUAUUGUCCCUUCGUUCGAAUCUCCAACUCCCACCGACACUCUUGUCGGAGACUGCUACGUUUUAUUCUUUCUUGACCGGUAGCAAAUGCUAGUGUUAUCUUCUUUAUGCAUGUGUCGAGAUCACUCACUGGGGAGACGACAGUUCGACUAUCGCGAACGAUGCUCCGCAUCUUGGUGGGCGCGGUCAUGGUGACUUGCGCGGGAAUAAGUCUAUAGCAAUAUUAGACUUGCGAUGCGUCUGCCGCGCUUUCGCCUCCCCCGCCUACCUGAGUCAUGACACAGUUAGGAGGACUGGAGGCGGGGUCAGGCGCAGUGUCCAACAAAGCUGAACAACUCGUCUACGCUUGUCACACACGUCUGUUCCGCACCUGAUGUUCACAGAAGUAGGAAGUGGUCGGCUCAGAUCCCAUCUGAGUGCGGGUACCACAGAGGCCACAGUAAGAAACCAUUGCAGCCUGACUCUUCUUUCGGGGAGGGGAACCGGGUCAUCCUGUCAGUUGGCAGGUUUCCAUGCGCGUCAGCAUGUUUAUAGUGAGGAAAUGCGCUGAAGUGCCGUAAGGACGGAGCCUCCAAAUUCGACCUCACUCUCUCCUCCCUGACUCAGACACCUGCUCACUGUCCGAGUCGGUCAGCCAUCUGAUACGAGGACUAGACGCAAGUGUCUGGCGCAGCCCAGGCCUGCGCUCGGGACUUACUACCAGAUCACCCCCAUGUGUGGCAUUUGUUAUGGGAUGCGCAGACUCUACGCGCCUCGGUUAACGCGUGCCGUUCAAUGCAAGUGGGAUAUUACAGCCAAUUUGCGAAAAUCCGAGUUCUUUAAGUCUCAACUCUGACUUAGCGACUAGCCAGAGUAAAACAUACAGGGCCCGUGCACUGAUCAUUUCUGCUUGGAUAUUCUCGCGAGUUACGGUGUGAGUGUGAGCAUGAAAACGAAGUAGCUGGCGCUCACCUGGCGUCCUAUCAACUGGUUUGGUAGAGCAUAGUAAAAAUAUAACUCAGUCGUAAUUAUGGCUUCUAGUGUACACUCGUCAAGAGAACGACUCGACCGCUCGUGUCUGGGAAUGUAAGACAUCGGCUGCUAAUUCUCGUUUGGGGACACGAAGCUUACCAAGUGACGGUAGGUAGUACGACCCUUUGUGUCCAUUGACGCAUGGUUGGUAUAUUUCAUGAACACAAAAUACUUUUGACGUGGUUUUGUGAAGAUCGGAGUCAAGCCCAGAGAUGUUUUAAAAAUUUCUUAUUAACCAGCACGCUGACUUACUAUCAAUGGCUGCUGAGCCAGCGUCUAACUUGGACAUCUAUCCAAGAGAAACAUGUUAUAUUAGUUUCGAGGCCAACCAUAGUACGAAUGGUAAGCAAAACAACAAGCCGUAUAUGCACUAGCUAACUUCGACAGUGCUGACGAUCUGGCCACUUGACCAGGGUGUCCUUGCUGAAAACAGUGGAGUGAAAAGUUCCACGGAACAACAAUUAUAGCACAAACCUGCAGCAGACAGUAUAAAGCUGAGCAUUGUUAUCGGAUGAAAUUGGGAACCUUUGACUUACAAUAGUGGACGAUGUAUUUAUUAUUGGUACGAUAAAAAUUAUGCAUUCUCUCCUGCAAGAAGUUUGAGUUAUGGUGACGGUCUUACGCCUCCUGUCUACUUGUAUUGGUAGUUUCCUUGCUGCUAUGUUCACUACUUUGUAAUAGGUAAAAAGCUCGCACCCGAACGGUCCAAUCAUGGUACACAAAACUGCCUGCGCACGGUAUUUAGAUUUGGAACCAACAAGUGCGAUACUGACACUGGCCUGUUUAGACUGGCGUUUCCUCCGGUUUCGAUACUAAAGAGUUCAUUAUCUCAACAUGCACCUCACCUUCAACUACCACUUGGGAAUGAUAAGUUCUAAUCAUCCGAUAAGCAUAAUUAUCCCUCGAUGGCUUACAAUUAAAUGCGUAAAUUAAAACAUGAAAUGCACUACAAAGAGGUAGGAUUACACAUAACCGUCUCGAACGCUCUGUCCGACAUGCGAUUGUAACACCUAUUGCAAUUAGCUACACUAGGACUGUUAAUUUAACAAAAAGCGUUAUGUAUUUAGCAUGUAAUGCGUGCGCGGUGCUGUCUUGCGCUAUAUGCAACUUUAUAUUACACUUCUUUUAAUGCCCUAGUUGUCUUCUUCUUUAGUGAUUUCUGUGUUCCAUAAACGCAAGGCUUAGAUAUUACGCCACUGUGCACCCUCUUUUUUCUCAGCCGGGCCUUGAAAAUUUCACUUGAUAUUUGCGGCGUUCCGGCUGGUGUGAAGUUGGGCAUCGAAGCUGACCUGUCUGGAACAUGGUGAGUACUGAGGUGUUUCGCUUCUGCCUACAGUUUUUUUGUUCAGUAGACACUUUUCUUGUAGGUAAAUAAACUCGGGCCGACAAAGACAAGGGAGACCGGGAUGGCCAUUUCCGGCUGACUAGCUGUCGUCGGCCAGCCUUGCCAAACCUCAUGUGUGGGGAUAUCUGAGGUCCGGACCCGCGUUCUCAAGCUUCAGUGAGUCCAACACUCAACUCACUGAGCCACGGGCUCGUUGUCUCGUCGGUCGUGAUCGGUCACAUUAACCAUGGUAGAGGGUGCUCACUGAUUAAGUUACGGGAGUUGCUUUUCACAUAGUGCCUUUUUGUUCUGGUAGAGAGCCGCUCACCGAUCGUGUUACGGAACUCACUUGCACCGUUGUAUCCAACCAGCAGCCGCACAACGGCACGGGAUCGAGCCUCAGGCUUUCCACACUUCGGUAUAACCGGCUGGAGACGACCAACAAGGCCGAAAUGGCCAUUCCAGUCUCCCUUGUCUUUGUAGGUAAUGUUACCCUGCCUUUGUCUUAUGUCUGUCCUACUACAGCAUACGCACUUUGGUUAAGCAUAAUUGUCGAUUGCGUCCUCUCAUCUCGUUAGAUCCUUUUUCACUCAUAGGUUUUUUUAUCGGACCACUGCUUUUUGCUUGGCCGAACUUCCGGACGAGCAUAAAAAAGAUGUUGCUGAACAAAAAAGGCAGUUGUAACCGCUUAUUCAAAGUAGUAACUGCAGGUCGCUUCAGAUUCGUUCCUUGCUUACCCCUAAUCCUUCCAUGUUUGUAACACUGAUUGUCUUUGAUCGCAAUACCUUACUUAUGGUUUUUAAGUAGCGCGUUUAUUCGGGCUCGCCCUCUGAUAGGUCGGUUACGAGAACGGGCACCAUCUGCCUGUUGCGCCUUGACAGUCGCGUUCUCUUCGUCAAAGGCUGUUACACAGUGAUCAGCAGCCAAAUAUAAGGAUAUUACCGAUGCUGACCUUAAGAUUGGAAUGAUCGUUCUUGGUCGUUCGCUGUCGUCAACUAGCCAAUCCACGGAAGCCCGUCGUCCGGACGUGAUUCAGUCUUGUUUAGACGGUCCGAAGUCUAAAACAUGAGUUUCUGAACUACGCGUGGAAAUAUUUAGACUGAUAAAUAUGCUUGCCAACAUUGGGACGCCGCCCGUCCAUCACCGGUGUGUUACCAA